ACACAACACACAGCAGAAGGCAGAGGCAGCGCACGCGCCACGCUCCCGCUCCCGCUCCCACCGCCACCGCUGGUUCCUCCCAAAGCGCAUCUUCCUCUUUCUCUUCCGCUUUGCAUGUCAACGCGAACAAAAAGAGCUUCCUCUUCCACCUCCACCGUCUCCUCCCCCACGAACCUUCCCCCCUCUUCGUCCACUCACGCCACACGGCAUAUAGAAUACUGUAAUUCAUAAAAGCCGGCGACCUCACACCACCCUAUAGUGCCUCCGGUUCUUCCACCACUCACUCUGCUCAGCUACCUCCUCUGUUUUCUCGCUUCGAGAUCUUGGAGCGAGCGAGCAGCCAGCCAUGGCGGACCGCAGCGGCAAGAAGCGCCGCAAGUGCGAGCCGUCCGGGCCGCUCGGGCAGCUCCACGAGGACAUGCUGGAGCGCGUCCUGGCGCGCCUCCCGCCGGCCGCCUUCUUCCGCCUCCGCGGCGUCUGCCGCCGGUGGAGCGACGCCUCGCGCUCCCCUUCCUUCCUCGCCGCCUGCGCGCGCGCCCCGGCCCGCGACCCCUGGUUCCUCAUGCUCUCCGAUAACGAACAGCCCCGCUCCGCCGCCGUCGCCUUCGAGGCCGGCGAGGGCGCCUGGGCCUGGGCGCGCCGCGCGGACGCAGCCAUACCGGAGCCAGAGCCGGUGCCGGUCGCCGCUGCGGGCGGGCUCCUGCUCUACCGCGCGCCAGACACCGGCGCGCUCACCGUCGCCAACCCGCUCACCGGCGCCUCCCGCUCCCUCCCGCCCCCGCCGCUGGCACCUCCCGGCGCGCGCCUCCACGCCGUCGCCAUGUACGGCGAAUCCCCCUACCACGUCGUCCUCAUCCUCGGCGAGCUCCCGGACACGCUCUCCAUGGCCAAAUUCGACUCCUCCACCAACGCCUGGGAGGACAUCGCCCCGCUCUCACGGACGAAGCCCGAUUCGUCCUUGCCCGCUGACGCCGACGCCGGAGACGAAGACGAAGACGACGAAGACGGCGUGGGCGGCGACGGUAAUGUCUACUUCCUGAGCAAGACGGGCGACAUCAUGGCGUCCACCGUGCAGCGGAGCGCCUCGAGGCAGCACUACGCCGCCGUGACGCUCAACGGCAGCCGCGGCGGGGAUCCCGAGCCCGUGGCGCACUUCCUGACGGACUCCGGGGCCGUGGUGGCCUGCGACAUCUCGCGCCGGGUCUUCGCCGAGCUCCCCCGCGUGCUGCCGGCCAGCUUCGAGUACUCGCUCGACGUCGUGGCGUGCGGCGGUGGCGGCGGGGCGCGCGCGCUCGUGGUGGUGCUCUCGGAGCUCAUGGAGACGGCGAGCCUGCGCGUGUGGGAGUUUGUUGGUGGGGACGGCGAGUGGAGGCAGGUGGCCGCGAUGCCGCCGGCCAUGUCGCACGCCUUCUACGGGAAGAAGGCGGACGUCAACUGCGUCGGCCAUGGCGGGCGCGUCAUGGUCUGCGUCAGCAGCAGCUCUGUUGGCGGUGGCGUUGGCGAGGGCGAGAGCAGCGGCUGCUUCGUGUGCGAUCUCGGAAGCAACCGGUGGGAGGAGCUUCCGAGGUGCGGCGCCGGCGCCGAGGGAGAGGUUGCGGACUUCGUGGCCGCCUUCUCCUUCGAGCCGAGGAUGGAGGCCGCCGUGUGAUCGUGAUCCUUGCUCGCUGCCGUUAGCUAGCUCGUUUGCUUCCAUUGAUGUGUAGACAGUAGUAUGCGUAGGCAUAGCUAAGAUGAAUUUUGUUCAUGUGAUUUGAGAUUGUUUCAUGAGAAUCAGAUCGCCCGUCUGUUCGUCGUCUGUCGUGUCGUCC